AGUGCCCUGCUCUUUAAUGAAGUUAAAUACGUAGAAACACUGGCAGAUCUUCAAAACAUUGAAAAUGUCUUGAAAGGGAAGUCAAACAUGGUCUUUGCCUAUGUACCAGCUACUGGGACAGCAGAGCACAGAGCUGUGAUGGAGGCAGCUUUUGCCUAUGGCACUGUCCACCAGUUUGUUCUGACAACUGAGGCAACGCUGUUGAAAGACAGUAGCAACAGUGAUGCACCAUCUGCCCAGCUGUUCUUCUGCCACUGCCAGCAGGCCACGGACCUGACACAGCCCUGCAGGAGGACAGCCAUGGGGCAGGCUCUGACAUUGCUCAACAUCCACAGGCACCUCAAGCUCAUGGGGGCUCCGCUGGUGACAGAGGUGGCUGAGGACCCAGAGAAGGUUUCCACUGUGCACUUACAGCUUGGGCUACCACUUGUGUUCAUCCUCAGCCAGAAGGAGACCUACGAGGCUGACAGGAGGACAGCAGAGUUUGUGGCCUGGCAGCUCUUAGGGAAAGCAGGAGUGGCCCUUUUGUCCAGGGACCUGGUGGAUUUGAACGUUCUGCUCCGGUCAAACGUGGCUCUCAAGACACCAAAUGAGGGGGUGCCAAUCAAAUACCUGGCCUUGGAAGACACUGAUGAAGUUAUAACCCUAGUGGAAGAUAAAAACAAGGUUGAACAAAUCCAGGAGGAUGAGGAGGAGGAGGAGGAAGAAGAGGAUGAAAAAGAGAAUAACAAUCAAGACAUUCAGGAUGAUCAGGUGGUGGAAGCAGUUUCCAGAGACAAGAAGCAAGAGCUGCCCCUGGAGCAGACCCGUGUCCUGACAGAGGAGACCUUCCACUCUGCCCUCCUGGAGACUGCCAGGACAGUGGUCCUCUUUUAUGCCAGCUGGGAGGCCGUGUCCCUGGCAGUGCUGAGGUCUUACACUGAGGUGGCUGAUCACCUGAAAGGAACUGAGGGGGUUUUGCUCUCUCGGGUGAACUGUUGGGACUGGCCUGGCCUUUGCACACAGGAGAAUGUCACUCAGUUUCCUGCCAUCAAGAUUUACCAGAAGGGAGAGGGCUCUGUGCUCUACGGUGGCAUGUGGGGCACUGCGGAGCUGACGAGCUUCAUCAUGCUGAGCCGAGUUUCCUGCCCUCUGAAGCUGGCCACGAUUGAUGAAGCAGAGGGAUAUCUAAGAGGAGAGUUUCCAUCUGAGCUGGCAUCCUUCCACCACACUUCACUUCUAGGGGUAUUUAGCACAGCCACAAAUGAAGCCAGGGAAGCUUUUGAAGAAGCAGGAAGCAUCUUAAGUGGCCAUGUAACGAUGGGGAUGUAUUUGGAAGAUGAUGCUUUGGCUUUGUCCCGUAAAUACGCCGUGUCUCCCCCAGCCCUCCUCCUUGCCAGGAGGGGAGGUCAGAGUGUGGAAGGCAUCACUUUGUCCAAACAGAGCACGCAGGACAUGGUGCAGAUGAUCAGAUAUGAAUUGCUGGACAUUUUUCCAGAAAUCAACGUGCAAAAUCUGCCCCACUACUUGCAACUCGGAAAGCCCUUCCUCAUCCUGUUCAGCGAUGGUGACAUCGGUCAAAUGGAAAGCAAGGAAAUGCUGAAGCUGGCAAAAGGAACACCCCAGCAAGCAUUUGUGGCUUGUUGGUUGAACUUGAGGAAGACCCCAGUGGGACGUGGCAUCCUGAAGGCAUAUUUUACCACCAUCCCUCCACUCCCUGUCCUCAUCUGGGUGAACCUUCAUGCUGGGGGUCAGGUAUUCAAGUUCCCACCAGAGCAGCCCAUCACUGAAACCAACCUCUUGUCUUGGCUGGAGAAGAUAGAAGCAGGAGUGGAGAUUCCCAGCAGUACCUUGUCUGAGGAAGAGUGGAAACCACCUCUCCCUGCUUAUGACUUCCUUCAGAUGAUGGAGACAGCCGAGCUCCCCCUCCACACCUCCCACCAUCAUGGGGACACACCCAGGAGCCCAGGAGAGGACCCUGUGACCCGUGAGGAGCUGUCCCAGGAGAACAAGGCAGAGAAAGUCGGGUCGCCUGGGAGGGACCUGAGGGGAACAGCCCCAAGGCUGGCAGCAAGGGAGAAGCAGGGCAAGAGACACAGUGAGCUCUGA